CACCGAUAGGACUUGUCCGAUACUCGGAGAGGCUCUACGCGGGGUGCAGGUACGUAUUGACCAUGUCCUAUCAGUUUUUCCAUUUUGCAUGUUCCGAGUCUGAUUCCUUCUCUUGCUUUCAUUGAAGUGUGCCCCCUAAAUCGCUGACGCUAUGAAUCAAGACAACGACUUCACCGAUCGUGAAUGGCCGCCGGGAACCGUGCGACUCGCCACGCUCUUGGGCGGUAACAACGACAAUGCCGACAUCAUCCUCCAACCCCGGCCCACGAGCAGCCCCAACGACCCAUUGAACUGGUCGAAAUGGAGCAAAGCACUGAAUUACGGCCUCUCCAGCUUCUACGCCAUGAUGGUCUACGCAUUCGUCAACGCCACCUCUCCAACUUGGGGCCCGCUGGCUGAACAGCUUCACUUCAGCGAUGCGACUCUCACAAACACCUAUGCCAUCGGAUGUGCAACCCUGGCGCUUGGUGCUCCGAUGCUCAUCCCGUUUGCCCUCAAGUUCGGAGCCAGGCCCGUCUACCUAGUAUCCAGCGUUGGCCAAUUCGCAAUCUCCAUCUGGGCUGCCAAAACGGAGAAUGCCGCCGACUGGUGGGGAGUGAAUGCGACGCAGUGCUGGCUGGGAGCUUUGGCCGAAGUGCUGGUCCAGAUGACGAUUGCGGAUGUCUUCUUUGUGCAUCAGCGUGGCAAGAUGAACGCAAUAUACAUCUGGGUGUUGAAUGUCGGGAUGUAUCUGGCAAUCGUUGCCGCUGGUUUUGUGGUGGGUGUCAAGCAUGUCCGCCCCGUGUUGUCACCAAAGACUAAUGACCCUUUACAGACUGUAGAUCAAGGCUGGCGUUGGGUGUGGUGGUGGUUCACCAUAUUCUUCGGAUUGCAAGCCAUCAUGUUCUUCUUUGGCUUCGAGGAGACCAAGUAUUCCCACGUCGAGACUCUUGCCGAUCGGCAGGGCAGCAUCACGGCCGAGACGCCGUUAGACGACAUUGCUGGUGGCUAUGGAUCUGAGAAGCAUGAAAAGUCGCGAGUAAACGAAUCAGCAGCCAAAACGGAGUCGGGAGACGUCGGAUCUCCCCUCGCAUCGCAGGCCGCUACCAAGCUUGGUGAGAUUCAUAUCGAUCCAACAAUCCCGAGGAAGACGUAUCGCCAGAAGCUUGCCUUUACCACCACAUCGCCAGGCACUUGGUCGCAGUUCUUCCGCCAUUCCUAUCAACCCUUUAUGAUCCUCGUCACCAUUCCUGGAGUCACCUUUUGCGCAUUGGUCUACGGUGUCAAUCAGGCUUGGAGCACCGUCAUGACCGCCUCUCAAAACACCAUCUUGCUGGAUCCUCCAUACAACUUCUCCGCCUCUGAUAUUGGAUUGAUGAGUCUUGGGCCAUUCAUCGGAAGCACGAUCGGAUCGCUGGUGAGCGGGCCAGUCAGCGACUACGUCGCCAUACGUCUCGCCAAAGCAAACGACGGCGUCUAUGAACCCGAAUUCCGCUUCUGGGUCUUCCUCCCCUUCUGUCCUUUUAUGCUUGGUGGUGCAUGGUGGUUUGGAUACGCCCUCCAAAACGGAUGGCAUUGGGCGCAGGUUGUCGUCGCCUUUGGCAUGUUCGGCUUCGGCGCCGCUCCUGUGCAAGCGAUUUCUUUGACAUAUAUGCUCGACGCAUACAAUGAAAUCAUCGGCGACACCCUCACAGCCGUGACCACGGUACGAAACACCCUAUCCACCAUCUUCGUCUUCGCCCUCGCGCCUUGGCUGGCGUCAGUUGGCGUUGGGAAUGUCUUCAAUAUCAUGGGUGCCGUUGGUACGCUGAUUCUGUCGUUUGCGGCCGUCUUCAUUUGGCGAGGCAAAGCGUUCCGCGUGAGGACUGCAAAGACAUAUCGCUACUAUGCCUCUCGACAGUUCGAAGCUCGAAAGAUGUGA